UAAGAAAAUAUUAAUGCAGCGCUCCAGAACUUUAGGUUUGGUGAUGUUUUUAACAGCUUGAUUCCUACCUAGCCAGAAUUUUGGAUCCAAGAUACUUAGCUCGUUGUGUCUACAGUAAUUGCCCAGUAUUUGGAAUACUGAGCAACUCGUUUAAGUUAGCCUGUUAGCUAGCGAUGUGGUUAGUCACAAUACGGACAAUGCUGACCUGUAAACAGCUGCGUCACAGGGUACAAAUGCGUAUUAUACUGCAUAGACAGUUACCUAACUGUUUAGUUGAAGUUGUUAAUUCAUAAGUUUGGCAGCAUUCAAUGAAAUGUAUCAGAAGACAACAAAUACUAGAAGCCAUGAGCCUGUGGAGAAUCAUGAACAGAUGGCGAAACUCCAUCUCCCUGCUCCUCGUAGUCCUCUUCCUCGUAAUGGACGCCCAGGCACGGCCAGCCAAUAUGUCAAUCAACCGGGACAAGAAGCCGAACAGCAAAGAGGAAAACGAGAUCCUUCCACCAGACCACCUAAACGGGGUGAAACUCGAGAUGGACGGCCACCUCAACAAGGACUUCCACCAGGAAGUGUUCCUGGGGAAAGAUAUGGAGGAGUUUGAGGAGGACUCCGAGCCUCGGAAGAACAGGAAGAAGCUCAUAGAGAUUUUCAGCAAGGUGGAUACCAAUGAGGACAGGAGCAUAGGUGCCAAAGAGAUGCAGCGCUGGAUCAUGCAGAAGACAGAGGAGCACUUUCAGCAAGCAGUCAAAGAAAACAAAAUGAGCUUCCAUGCCGUUGACCCAGAUGGGGAUGGCCAUGUGACCUGGGACGAAUAUCGGGUUAAGUUUUUGGCCAGCAAAGGCUUUAAUGAGAAAGAAGUGGCAGAGAAGAUUAAAAGAAACGAGGAUCUGAAAGUGGACGAGGAAACUCAGGAAGUUCUGGAAAGCUUGAAGGAUCGCUGGUUCCAGGCUGACAACCCCCCAGCAGACCAGCUGCUGAACGAGGAGGAGUUCCUGUCCUUUCUGCACCCUGAGCACAGCCGUGGCAUGCUCAAGUACAUGGUGAAGGAGAUCGUCCGCGAUCUGGAUCAAGAUGGAAACAAGAAGCUGACCCUGUCCGAGUUCAUCUCCCUUCCGAUGGGCACGGCUGAGAACCAGGAAGCGCAGGAUAUCGACGACGACUGGGUACGGGAACGGAAGAAGGAGUUUGAGGAUGUUAUCGACGCCAACCACGAUGGCAUCGUCACCAUGGAAGAGUUGGAGGAAUACAUGGACCCCAUGAAUGAGCACAACGCCCUGAACGAGGCUAAGCAGAUGAUUGCGGUGGCCGAUGAGAAUCAGAACCACACCCUGGAGCUGGAGGAGAUUCUCAGGUACAGCGAGUACUUCACUGGCAGCAAGCUCAUGGACUACGCCCGCAACGUGCACGAGGAGUUCUGAAGCUGCCCCUGGUCCCCAAAAACUGGACACAGGGUAGCCAUCUUCUCAACUGAAGGACUUUUCCGUUCUUGAAGUCACCGAGUUGCAUUCUUUCCACCUGUUAAGUCUUCAUGGUAUCUCCACGUUGACAUCUCCACGUUGAUGAAAGGUGUUGAUGUCAGUCUAUUGUCUUCAGCUGUUCUCUCUUCUUUUGUGUUUUCAUAAUCUGCCCAGUGCAUCACACUCCCGAUAGUCAUGCGGGAAGAUGUACGUAAAUUAAUAAGAGAUUAAUAGUGUCUUGUGCUUUGAGACAUGGCCUUAAUCGUCCCCUGUUUCUGUGCACUAUACUCAUGAUUGUACUGCACAUGCUUUUAACACUAGGAGUAAAUAAGAUGGUUAUAUUGCAUUUAUGUCACAGUCACUGGCUAAGGUAGAUUUCUGAGACCUGCAGCGUUGCAUCAUGGGACCUAUUUUGCAUUGACAUCAUAUGGCAAAUACAUUUGUCAAGAUAAAGGCCAUGAUCACUUAGUCCAUGUCACCAUGGAACAGUGUUUGCUGUGCUAAUUUUUUAGUUUACUAACCCUUUAUUAGGCUUGAAAGUGAGAAGACCAUGUUUAAUGAACCUUGUCCAAAUGAAAAAUGAUGCAUUAAGAUUUUUGUUUAGAAAGACUGUCGGAUAUGCAGUCUACGAUUCACAUUUAAUCAUGCUGCUGUGUCAUUUUGCUGGAAUUUGUCCUUCGACUAUUGAGAGUACGGAUGAUUAUUUAUAAUUGUAAAUAUGUGUAGAUAUUACUAACAGUGCCCCUUGUAAUUGUCUGAUUAAAGAAAUGGCACUGCUUAGAUAUUUUCAGAUGUAUAAUUUUCUGGUGCUGGUAUCUGUCACCUUGGUGUUCUUCAGCAUGUUUUAUUAACAGGGCUCUAUUCACUACAUUAACCCGUGUCAGCUGGACGAGUGCUGGCCGCAGAUAUCAGUUUCAACUGUAGUGAUAGCGGGGAGCAUUCCUCCAUUGAUUAGCUGGCUUUAAAAGGGAAGCUCCUUGUAAAAAUCUAUUUUAGUACAUUCUCUUGCACUCAAGAUAAUGAUGUAACCUUUAUUUCAUAUGUCAAAAUCUGAUAUUUCAUCUUAUCUGCAAAAGCCCAUUUCAUUGGGACACAUCUCCUUGUUUUUAUUUAAUGGGAAACUAAACCCUAAUUUGAUUUUGUCGUAUUUUACACAGAAAAAAUUAAACCCCUGGUCUAGUACAUUCUUUUUAUUUAUUUUUCAAAUGAAUUCCAUGUCAUACAGUACUUACAGAUUAUCCACAAUAGGUCCAUUCACAUAGCACAUUUUAUGUGUGGUACCAUCCUAUCCUUCUGAUGCUUAAUAGAAGACAUUUAUUUGAGUAAAUCACUAAAUCACAAUUAGAUCCGAACCAGUUAGUAUUGAAUUAAUUAAAGCUGCUUCAGUGAUUUUGCAAUUUUGGGUCUCACAGUAUUAAAGACUCAUGGGCCUCAAUUGCAAGCUUGCUGUUUUCCAUUCAACCAGUGAACAGACAUUAGCCUAUCACAUGCAAGAAAUCUUCAGCAUAGCUCUCACUAGUCCAUAUCUUUAGGGGGGCAGGAAAAUAAAUGUUGAAAAUGAAUCCUUUCCUGUGGGAAAAUCCCGAAAGAUCAAACUGUAUCUAAAUAAUUCUAAUGACACCCAAAAACCCCUCACCAGAGACUUUGCAAUGCUGGCUGUGCCUGAAAAAGCUCCUUACUUUUUUAAGAUUCGGGAGUUGCCGCGCAGAUCAUGUUCCUGUUUUUUUCAUCUAUUUAAUUCACACCACUGUGACUGCUCUACAGAUGAGAUAAGUAGGAAUGUAAAUAAGUAUUUUAGAUUUAAUAUUUGUACAAGAAUCGAAGAUUGUUUGGCUCUGUUGAAAUUUGGUGUGGGAAUAUUAAUGAUAUUGUUUGUCUAUAUAAUUUGCUUUUUGAGUGCUCACAUGGCUCAUCACCCACUUUGUUCUUAUAUGUGAAAUAAUGUAUAUUCAGAAACCAAAGUACAUGCUGUGAGGAAAUGGCCAAAAUUAAUAAUUUAAUUAUAAAAUAAUAAUAUUAUUAUAUAUUAUUAUAUAAUAUAAUUAUAUAAUAAUAAUUUAAAAUAAUAAUUUCAUUGGUCUCUCUUGUGAAUAUUAAGUCGAAUACAUCCAUUUUUGUCAAACUGAAAUGGCUUAACUGAAGUUUUGUUGCAAUCAAAAUGUCAGUUCUGCUUUUUGGAGCUUUUGGAAUAUUGAGUAGCAUAUUGACAGUUUUACUGAAACAAAUUGAACUUGCCUGUGUAUCUGAGGUGGCAGAAGCAUUGCUUUGUGUUUAGGGCACUAUUACAUCUAAAGUAGGAAAAAUGCUUCUGGGUAUCUAUUUUGGGGAUUUUUAUUUGCUGUGAAAUCUGAUUCUGAUGACAUUUGUGUAAUGUUUUUUUGCUUCCUGGUUACACAGCCGCUAUAUUAAUAUUAGCCUUUAUUUGAUUUCAUUGGAAUUGAAGUUUAUCACUAACACUAUCCAGUGAUGUUAUUGAGUAAUAUAUGUUUCCAUUCAUAUUCCACUGUAACAGAGGCCACAGUGAGCAAGCACUGUGCAUAGAAAGCAUUUUAAUUUGAUUGAAAAUAAAAAUUUCAAGCAACAA